AGUCACUGCCAGCUAAAAUUUUUGCUAUCUAACGAACAGUAAAUAGACAAAAUGUAGAUCAAAUUUGAAGCAGUUUCAGAAAAGGCAUAAGUUAAGUUCCAAAACAGUCGUUCGUGUCACAAAAUCUUCUCUCUGCCGCUAUCACUCUCUCCCACUCUUCCGCUCUCUCACUCUCACGUGUCAAUCCAACGAUCCAACGAUCGGUUCCAAAUCGUAGAGCGGCACAUUCGCGAUCUGAGAGUCGGUGAAGCAACUCCUCGCUUUACGUAGCGCUCCAUGCGGUUCCCUACAUAUAGGUGUUGAUAUAGCUCACUGAAAAGGGGAGUCGGUCUUCUUUUAAAUAGCCCCACCGAGUUGGGACGACUAAUAAUUGUCAGAUGAAGUGUCGUCAUGGAUGUGGAUUAUCCGGAGGUGGUGCCAGUGGCGCGGUUCUGGUCGGAAUUCUCGCAUUUCUUAUUUGCGGCGUCCACGGUGAUAAGGUUGAAGUAAUAGAGCUGGGCAAUUGGACGAUAACUAAUCAGAAUGGCUCCCUUACCAUCGGUAACCAAUCGUUGCCCUCGGGCAUAUACAGUGCCUUCGGACCCCAAGUGUUGGAUUCCUACAACGAUGUAGGCCUGCGUUAUCUAGCCUACGAAAACUGGACCUACUCGAAUGUAUUUCAGUUCGACGUCCACCACUACCAACGCGGCCACAUCAACCUGACCUUUCACGGCAUUGACACUGUGGCGGAGAUACGGCUGAAUCACCAGCUGCUGGGUCGCACGGACAACAUGUUUGUGCGCUACUCCUACGACGUGACUUCGCUGCUCCAGACGGACAACUUGCUGGAGGUGGAGAUCCAGUCUUCCGUAUUAGCUGCCCUGGCGCGGGCCAAUAUUCUGAAUGAGGCUAAGAAAAACGUGCCUCCGGAAUGCCCCAAUGACCGAUAUCAUGGCGAGUGCCACAUGAACAUGUUGCGCAAGAUGCAAGCGAGCUUCUCCUGGGACUGGGGUCCCGCUGCCCCCUCCGCCGGGAUCUGGAAGGCGGUGCAACUGGAGAUCUACGAGGUGGCCGUCAUUCGCGACGUGGACGUGGACGUCAGUCGCAUCAAUGGCACGCACUGGAACAUGCAUAUACGCUGCUACCUGGACGCGGUGGGCGGACAGGAUUUUAACGGAAAACUGAUUCUGUACGCUGUCGAGCUAUUGGAGCGUCCGGUGGUCGUGGACACAUUCGCAAUGGAAUCCAUUAGCCACUUGGCGCCUGUAAUUGAGUUCGAUCAGGCCGUGCCAAUUGAGAAAGUCGUAACCUGGUGGCCCAAUGGCUACGGCGAGCAGAAGCUUUAUCCGCUUCACUUCACCCUAAAGGCCUGGCACGGAGGUGAUGGGCCCGAGGUUCGCUCCAAGACCAAGUCGUACAAGUCGCUCCAAGUGGGCUUUCGCACGCUCGAACUGAUCGAGGUCCCCGCCCCAGAUGGCAUAGGAAACACCUUCCUUUUCCGUGUCAAUGGCGUGGAGAUGUUCAUGAAAGGCAGUAACUAUAUACCGUCCCACAUCCUUCCCGAAAUGCAAACAAAAGAACAGAUUGGCCACUUACUGAGGUCCGCCAAGGAAGCGCACAUGAACAUGCUGCGAGUGUGGGGAGGCGGUGUUUACGAGUCGGACUACUUCUACCAGCUCGCCGACAGUCUGGGCCUCCUGAUUUGGCAGGACAUGAUGUUUGCCUGUGCCAUGUACCCGGUGGGCGACGACUUCCUGUCAUCGGUGCGCGAGGAGGUGCGGCAGAACGCCUUGCGGCUAUCGCACCACCCUAGCGUGGCCAUUUUUGUGACGAACAAUGAAAACGAGGCCGCCCUGGUGCAGAACUGGUACGGGACGUUCUAUGACGUGGAUCGCUUUGAGAGCGAGUACCGGCAACUCUACCUGGCCAAUGUGAUCCAUGAACUCAAAAUGGUCUCGCACAUCUCCCGACCCCAGCCCCUGGUCUCCUCGCCUUCCAAUGGCAAGGCCAGUGAGCAGGACAACUACAUUUCUAGCAACCCUCAGGACAAUCACAACGGCGAUGUACAUUUCUACGACUACCUUAAGGAUGGAUGGAACCCGGAGAUUUACCCGCGCCCUCGAUUCGUCAGUGAGUACGGCUUUCAGAGCUUUCCGGGCGCAUACGCCUGGCAGCGCAGCAAGAACGACAGCGACGAUCUUCUCGCUCUGAUCAAACACCGCCAGCACCAUCCCUUGGGUAACAUGCCCGUGAUCGCCCUGGUGGAGAGACACCUGCCGCUCCCCCUUCCGGAGGAGGAGAACUAUGCAAACGCCCUGAUCUACUUCAGCCAGAUCGCCCAGGCGAUGGCCACCAAGGUGGAGACGGAGUUGUACCGCAGUCUGCGGGACACACCACACAGAACCAUGGGCGCCCUUUACUGGCAGCUGAACGACGUGUGGGUGGCGCCGUCCUGGUCCGGCAUUGAUUUCUACGGCAACUGGAAGAUACUUCAUUACUGGGCUCGGGACUUUUUGGCGCCCAUUGCAAUCGUGGCCCUGUACGAAAGGUCCACGGACUCGCUGAACAUCUCGCUCAUCUGCGACCAACUGGAGGUGGACACGCGGGAACUGAGUGUCGUGGCCAACGUUCAUUUCUGGUCGCAGUUGCUGCCGCGCGAAUCGACCUCCUGGGCAGUGACCCUGCGCCCCAACGGCGUUCAGUACGACAAGGUCGUUCCCAUCGACGAGCUACUGAAGGGGCAGUUCACCAGAACCAACGCUUUUCUGGAGCUGCAGCUGCGCCGCGGCCAGCAGGUCAUCUCCAGGACUCACUUUUUCCCCAGCAGCAUCGCAGCAGCUGUCGGAUUGGAGGACCCCGACCUGGAGUACGAGAUCUCCUCCCGGAACUGCCUCAACACCAGCGAUGUCAUCCGCAACAGUGUCAGCAUCAGCAUCCAGGUGAAGCGCCCGGCCGCGUUCGUGUACCUGGAGCUGCUAAAGCCGUACCGCUACACCCUGUCCGAGAACGGGUUCAUGCAGACCACGCCGAUGCACGUCGUCUACCUGACCUUCGACGCGCCCUCGUGCGCCUGGCUUCUGCGCAAGAGCGACAUCCGGGUGCUGACCGUCAACGACUUUAUGCGAUAGACCAGACUAGAUAGACGGACGGCUUCCUUGACAAACUUUUAUACAACGUUUAUAAAUAGCUUAACAAUAGACAAAUCAAUAAAUAGCAGUAACCGUUGAGCACCCGA